CUACACACAAACACAAGAACAGCGACAGGAGAAUGUCUGAAUUCCUCUAUUUCCUCUUCCUCGUACCCCUUGCCUUAAUCUUCUUGAACGUUUUCAAACCUUCGAAAUGGAAACUUCCUCCGGGUCCAAAGAAGCUUCCCAUCAUCGGAAACUUACACCAACGAAAGGCAUUACAUCCCAGGAAUCGCCGUAAGCUCUCCGAAAUGUAUGGGCCAGUGGUGCUUAUGCAGUAUGGAUUCGUCCCCGUGGUCGUGAUCUCUUCAAAAGAAGCAGCAGAGGAAGUCCUCAAGAUCCACGAUCUUGAGUGUUGUAGCCGAGCAGGGACGGCAGGGACCAGAGCAACUUUUUACAACUUCAAAGACAUUGGGUUGGCACCAUUCGGUGACGAGUGGAGUGUGAUGCGGAAGCUUUCGGUGGUCGAGCUCUUCAGCGUGAAAAAGCUUCAAUCUUUCAGGUAUAUCAGAGAGGAAGAGAAUGACUUGUGUGUCAAGAAACUCUCUGAGUAUGCUACGAAGCGAACUCCAGUGAAUCUUGAGAAAGCCCUUUUCACUUUACUCGGAAAUAUAGUGUGUCGAAUCGGGUAUGGGAUAAACCUCUAUGAUUGUGACUUCGUUGAUGAAGAUAGCAUCGCGGAUCUUGUGCUUAAGUCUGAAGAGGUCAUUAGAGGUUCUCUCUUCUCUGAUUUCUUUCCUGGAAGAAUCGGUAGCUUCAUCGACUGGAUCUCCGGUCAGAAAAAGAGAUUGAACGAUACUUUCUCGGAAGUAGACACUUUCUACCAGAACGUUCUUGACGAGCAUCUUAAGCCUGGAAGAGAGAGCUCUGAUAUUAUUGACGUGAUGAUCGACAUGCAGAAGAAGCAAGAGAAAGAUGGAGAUUCUUUCAAGUUCACCACUGAUCAUCUCAAAGGGAUGAUCUCGGACAUAUUUAUAGCAGGAGUUGGAGGAACCGCUGCCACAACGCUAUGGGGAAUAACCGAGCUGAUCAGAAACCCGAAAGUGAUGAAGAAAGUGCAAGACGAGAUUAGAACAAAACUUGGGGAUAAGAAGGAGAAAAUCAAAGAAGAAGAUAUAAACCAGCUUGACUACUUUAGGCGCAUGGUGAAGGAGAUAUUCAGGUUACAUCCAUCAACUCCACUUUUGCUCCCAAGAGAGACACUGUCACAUGUCAAGAUCCAAGGCUACGAUAUUCCUGCCAAAACACAGAUCAUAGUCAAUGUUUAUGCGCUUGGUCGUGAUCCAAAACUCUGGGAAAACCCUGAUGAGUUUAACCCUGAUAGGUAUCUCGACAGUUCCGUUGAUUUUAAAGGACUAAACUUUGAGUUUAUACCGUUUGGAUCUGGUAGGAGAAUAUGUCCAGGGAUGACUAUGGGAAUCAUACUUGUUGAGUUGGCAUUGUUGAAUUUGCUUUACUUCUUUGAUUGGGGAGUGCCGGAGAACGAUGGAGCCAAGAUCGUAACUGGGAAUGAAGAUGUUCUUCACAUCGUUCAAGUUCUUCACCACUGAGUUUGGUUAUGUACACUAGAUUCCAAGAUAAUAAAUGAAAAGAUAAUAUGAUAAUAACCGAGAGCCAGUAGCUCAACUUGUAAAGACUCUAGUGAAAGUCUAGAGGUCUCCAGUUGAAGUGGUUUUUGUGACUAACAUAUUUUCUUAUUGUGUUCUCUGAGAGUAUGU